UUAGCUGCAGAGUUCUUUUUGUCCCCAACUGCUUGCGGUGCCGACUUCCCAGCGGAAGUGGGGGCUGCGAGGGAAAAUGGCGGCCACUGUCGCGGAGGCACCGGGUGCCACGGCUAGUCGAGUAAGCAAGCGCGGCAGCGGGCCGGGAUCCGGCGGGGGAGCCCGAGGGGCGGAGGAGGAGCCUCCGCCGCCGCUCCAGGCAGUUCUGGUGGCUGAUAGCUUCAACCGCCGCUUCUUCCCCAUCUCCAAGGACCAGCCUCGGGUCCUCUUGCCCCUGGCCAAUGUGGCACUAAUUGACUACACUCUGGAAUUCCUGACUGCCACUGGUGUACAGGAAACCUUUGUCUUUUGCUGCUGGAAGGCUACUCAGAUCAAAGAACAUUUACUGAAAUCCAAGUGGUGCCAUUCUAUGUCCCUCAAUGCUGUUCGAAUUAUCACAUCAGAACUAUAUCGGUCACUAGGAGAUGUCCUCCGUGAUGUUGAUGCCAAGGCCUUGGUGCGCUCUGACUUUCUUCUAGUAUAUGGAGAUGUCAUCUCAAACAUUAAUAUUACCAAAGCCCUGGAGGAACACAGGUUGAGAAGGAAGCUAGAAAAAAAUGUGUCUGUGAUGACAAUGAUCUUCAAAGAGUCAUCCCCCAGCCACCCGACUCGGUGCCAUGAGGACAACAUGGUGGUAGCCGUGGAUAGUACCACAAACCAGAUUCUACAUUUCCAGAAGACCCAGGGCCUCCGGCGUUUUUCCUUCCCUUUGAGCCUGUUCCAGGGCAGUGGAGAUGGAGUGGAGAUUCGAUAUGAUUUAUUGGAUUGUCAUAUAAGCAUCUGUUCUCCUCAGGUAGCUCAACUCUUCACAGACAAUUUUGACUACCAAACUCGAGAUGAUUUUGUGCGAGGCCUGUUAGUGAAUGAGGAGAUCCUAGGAAACCAGAUCCACUUACAUGUGGCAACUAGGGAAUAUGGUGCCCGGGUCUCCAACCUACACAUGUACUCAGCUGUCUGUGCUGAUGUCAUCCGCCGAUGGGUCUACCCUCUUACUCCGGAAGUGAACUUCACUGACAGCACCAUGCAGAACUACACUCAUUCCCGACACAACAUCUACCGAGGGCCUGAAGUCAGCCUGGGCCAUGGCAGCAUCCUUGAGGAAAAUGUCCUCUUGGGAGCUGGCACUGUAAUUGGCAGCAACUGCUCCAUCACCAAUAGUGUCAUUGGCCCUAACUGCCACAUUGGUGAUAACGUGGUGCUGGACCGGGCCUACCUGUGGCAGGGUGUUCGAGUGGCAGAUGGAGCACAAAUCUACCAGUCUGUGCUCUGUGACAAUGCUGAGGUCAAGGAACGAGUUACACUGAAGCCACACUCUGUCCUUACUUCUCAGGUGGUAGUGGGCCCAGAUAUCAUGCUGCCUGAGGGCUCGGUGAUCUCUUUGCACCCUCCAGAUGCAGAAGAAGAUGAAGAUGAUGGCCAGUUCAGUGAUGAUUCUGGGGAUGACCAAGAGAAAGAGAAAGUGAAGCUGAAAGGUUACAAUCCAGCAGAAGUAGGAGUUGCAGGCCAGGGUUACCUCUGGAAAGCUGCACACAUGGACAUGAAGGAAGAAGAGCUACAACAGAGUUUGUGGGGACUCACAAUCAACAUGGAAGAAGAGAGUGAGACUGAAAGUGAGCGAAGUAUGGAUUCCGAGGAGUUGGACAGCCGAGCAGGCUCCCCUCAGUUGGAUGAUAUCAAAGUAUUCCAGAAUGAAGUCCUGGGCACACUCCAGCGAGGCAAAGAGGAGAAUAUUUCUUGUGACAAUCUAGUCCUGGAGAUCAACUCUCUCAAGUAUGCCUACAACAUUAGUCUAAAGGAAGUGAUGCAGGUACUCAGCCAUGUGGUCCUGGAGUUCCCCCUGCAACAGAUGGAUUCCCUACUUGAUCCAAACCGCUAUUGUGCCACACUACUUCCUCUGCUCAAAGCCUGGAGCCCUGUUUUUAGAAACUACAUAAAGCGCGUAGCUGACCAUCUGGAGGCAUUGGCAGCCAUUGAGGACUUCUUCUUGGAGCAUGAAGCUCUUGUUGCUUCCAUGACCAAGGUACUGAUGGCUUUCUAUCAGCUGGAAAUCUUGGCUGAGGAAACAAUCUUGAGCUGGUUCGGCCAGAGGGACAUAACUGACAAAGGUCAGCAAUUACGCAAGAAUCAACAGCUGCAGAGGUUCAUCCAGUGGCUGAAAGAGGCUGAAGAAGAGUCAUCUGAAGAUGACUGAUGUCAUACUGCCUACUCCAUGGUGUGAUUGGUUGCCCUCCUAACUGCUAGGGCAAUGCAAAUAGGGAGCUAGCUAUAGAAGGAUGAAUGGCCACUGCACAGACUGACUUAAAGGAACAGAAGCUGGAACUACAGUAUUUUUCCCACUGCCAGCAACUGUGCCUCCCAUCCUGGCUGAAGUUGGAAUGAGGAAAGUUGGGCUGCAACAAAACUCUUGCCUAGAGAAAAUCUAGGCAGGCCCUGCAGGUGGAGGUAGGCCAGAGGAACAGCUUUACGCUCCAGCUUUCCCUCAGAGAACAGCAAAGAGCAGCUGGCCCUCUCUAUUGUUGGUUAAUGUUUAAAAAAGGGGUAUAUUUGGUGUCUCUCCAACUCUGACUGAUCAGUCAGUAAACUGUAUGACCAGAGUUCUGAAUCUCUAACAUGGCUGCCUUUAGCUAACACCUGGGGAAGGUGGUUGAGGGAGAGGGGUUGUUGUGGCUGCAAGGUGGUGCUGUGGUACCUGAUUAAUUGACCAUUCCUCAGGCUCAGGAGAGGUGUCACAGCUCUGAGAAGCCAUGUAACUAGUCACUCAGAGAGCCAGAAUUUGAUAUUGAACCUAAAACUGGAGUUUGUUACUUUGCUGGAUGUCUCUCUUAA